AUGUGUACUGACCCCCGUGGCAAGCCCAUCAACCCAUCAACGCAGCAGUGGCAAGCCUCGCUCCACCGGCAACAUCGGUCUAUCGUGCCAGAGCAGCACAUCCUUUUAACCUACGAGCACACCAUUUUCACCUCCACUCACCCCGGAUUCGACGUGCUACCGACCGGACCAUCCGUCAUCCGUUAUCCGUCGGCCUUUGUCCGACCCCGAUAG